GGCAGCGCGUCCGCCCGGAGAGGGAGACGACACCGCAUAGCUGCGCUGCCGACUGAACCGUAAUCACAUUCACGGUCUUGUCCAAAUGGAUGUCCCCACCGAUACCGCCCUUUGACACUGGACGGUGCUCCUGUAGCGGCGUUCAACGCGAGAAACGCCUCAUCCGGGCUUGGUUGUUUGAGGUAACUGGUUCGUCUCGACGACACAGAGAGGACCACACUCUCCCCAUCGUUAGCUCGCUAAGCUAGCUAGCUAACUUAGCUGUGUUACUUUGUACCGUGUCGGCGUCAGUUUUCAGCCUGGUAGCUAGCCUGCGGUCUCUUGCGCCACAGCGGUGGAUUGAGGUGCCUCGUCACUCAAGGAGCAUGUUUGAGUGACGAGCAAAGGAGGAAGUGGGUUCUCUGACGCUCCGCCCCUCAUCUGGUGGAGCACCCUACACAUCUGACCAGAGACCCCUUUAGUCACUUGGACAGGAUGAGGAGGUUCGCCUACUGUAAGGUGGUUUUGGCCACCUCUCUGGUGUGGGUGAUGCUGGACAUGUUCAUCCUGCUCUACUUCAGUGAGUGCAACAAGUGUGACGACAAAAAGGAGAGAGGACUGCCUGGGAGAGACGAUACCCUGGCCAGGCCGCGGGACGGUCCCGGUGAGGGAGGGAAGCCUGUGGUGAUCCCUAAGGAGAACCAGGAGAAGAUGAAGGAGAUGUUUAAAAUCAACCAGUUCAACCUCAUGGCCUCUGAGAUGAUUGCUCUCAAUCGGUCACUGCCUGACGUCCGCCUGGAAGGGUGCAAGAACAAGUUAUACCCGGAUAAUCUGCCUCGCACCAGCGUGGUGAUUGUAUUUCACAAUGAGGCGUGGAGCACACUGCUGCGAACCGUCCACUCCGUCAUCGACCGCUCUCCACACACACUGCUGGAGGAGAUUGUCCUGGUGGAUGAUGCCAGCGAGCGAGAUUUCCUAAAGCGGCCGUUGGAGCAGUAUGUCAGAAGGCUGGAAGUCCCUGUCAGGGUGGUGAGGAUGGAGCAGCGGUCUGGACUCAUCCGUGCUCGGCUCAAGGGGGCGUCCCUCUCCACCGGCCAGGUCAUAACCUUUCUGGAUGCUCAUUGUGAAUGCACAACGGGGUGGCUGGAGCCUCUGCUCGCCCGCAUCAAGCAAGACAAGAGAACGGUGGUGUGCCCCAUCAUCGACGUUAUCAGCGACGAUACGUUUGAAUACAUGGCGGGAUCCGACAUGACGUACGGGGGCUUCAACUGGAAGCUCAACUUCCGCUGGUACCCUGUGCCCCAGAGAGAGAUGGACCGCCGCAAAGGAGACCGCACGCUACCUGUCAGGACUCCCACCAUGGCAGGCGGCUUGUUCUCCAUAGACAGAGAUUAUUUCCAGGAGAUCGGCACGUAUGACGCAGGCAUGGACAUCUGGGGAGGAGAGAACCUGGAAAUCUCUUUCAGAAUUUGGCAGUGCGGUGGGACUCUAGAGAUUGUCACGUGCUCUCACGUGGGUCACGUGUUCAGAAAGGCCACACCCUACACGUUUCCCGGAGGAACGGGACAGAUCAUCAACAAAAACAACCGACGCCUGGCAGAAGUCUGGAUGGAUGAAUUUAAAAACUUCUUCUAUAUCAUCUCUCCUGGUGUGACCAAAGUGGACUACGGUGACAUCACGUCUCGCACGUCUCUGAGACAAAAGCUUCAAUGUAAACCCUUCAGUUGGUACUUGGAGAACGUCUACCCUGACUCCCAGAUCCCCAGGCACUAUUACUCCCUAGGAGAGAUCCGUAAUGUGGAGACCAACCAGUGCCUGGACAACAUGGCCCGCAAGGAGAAUGAGAAAGUCGGCAUUUUCAACUGCCACGGCAUGGGAGGCAACCAGGUCUUUUCCUACACGGCCAAUAAGGAGAUCAGGACCGAUGACUUGUGUCUCGACGUGUCCAAGUUAAACGGACCCGUCAUGAUGCUCAAGUGCCAUCACCUGAAAGGCAACCAGCUGUGGGAGUACGACCCCGUGAAGCUGACCCUGAUCCACGUCAACAGUAACCAGUGUCUGGACAAGGCCAGCGAGGAGGACAGCCAGGUGCCCAGCGUCAGAGACUGCACACACACACGCUCCCAACAGUGGCUACUCCGCAACGUCACACUACCAGAGGUCUUCUGACCACACUGCGCACAUUCGCAAACACACACACUCACACACACAGCGGCCCAGAGCAAGCAAUCGGGGGAAACAGACAGCGUUUAUUAAAAUUGGGCACCAGGAAAGGAAGGACUUCCCGUGACGGGAUUCGAGAAAAGAGGAGGACGGAUUGGACGGUACUACCUCUGCCAGAGAUCAGAGGGAGGAGCGUGUUUGACCCUCCUUAGAGCGGUGACGCGAGGAAAGACUCCCCGCAGGAGACGAUGGCUGUUGUUUUCUGUUCGUUUUUGUUGUUUUUAAAGAGAUUUUAACCGCGCAGAGGGACUCGCUCCUGGGCGUGGACAUGAGACUGGCUGGUGGAGUCGAGGUUCUGCACUCACAGCUUCCCUGGACAAAGCGGUCCACCCAACUCAUCACUUAACGUUUACUGACUGCCUCUUAUGAGCGAGUGUGUGCACUCAUUUGUGUGUGUGUGUGAAGGGAUGUGUGUAUUCUGACAUGAAUGUAUGCUUCCAGAACAUGACUGAGUUCCUUGUUCAGUUCUUUUCUUUUCUUUUUUUUUUAUUUAAUUUUUUAAUGGAUUUUGGAAACUCUGGUGAACUCUUAUGAAGAAGGAUGUGUGUACGUGUGUGUGCAUGUGUGUGUGUGAGAGAGACUGCCAUGUAUGUGUGUGACAGAGCCCCUCCUACAGUCCUUGCAGCAGCGUAUGUCUCCCUCUGGUGUUACUCCUCGGCAUUUCAUCCUCCAGACCGGAGCCUCCCCACUGAGGAAUUUCCAGAACUGCACAUAAAAAACCGAGAGGACCCAACAUCUGCCAGCGGCAGAGAUCUAGAGAUAGAGAAAUAUGAUGUUUGUGAUAUCUUGAGAUUUGUAUGUCCAGUUUUUACAUGGUUUUGUCUGUUUCUACAGUCCUGUGAGAGUGCCACAGAGCAGUAACCCUAGUCUGUCUGUCCGUCUCUGUUGUCUUUAAAGUUGUUUAACAUAGAGCUAACACACACACACUGAGGACUCUGCAUAUGUAACUGAUGUUCACUGCCUAAUGUAGUGUUAAACUAUAGGGAACUCUCCCCUGAGGCACUACAUAGUCGCACAUACACACAUCCUGUAUACAUAUAGGGAAAAGGCUCCACUUGCCUGAUACUUUAAUCCAUUUUGUCAUAUCUCCUUCUCAAUGACCUCUUAAAAAAAUACACUCCAAGGGCUUCUUUCCUCCAGUGGAGUGUGUGGAUGGUUGCGUCGGUGCGGGUGUGAGCGCGUCUUCAGUACUAAUCCAGGUCCAUCAGCUCCCAGUUCUCCAGAACAAACAGCUCUCAGAUUCCCUCGCUGUUGGACAACCAGAAGCUGUAGCGUAGACUGACGGCAGAUCAGCGCAUCCCUGCCUCUGUUGUACAAAAGAGCAAAACGCUGCUUUUAUUUUCCAAACAGAGCCGAGCCUCCGCGCUCUCCUGAGGACGUAUCUACAGUAGGAAAGGAAGCCUGGAAGGCGGCUGUUAGAAUAUCAAAGAGACGUCACCGAGGUGUGUUAGCAGACUUAAUCAGGAAUGAAUAAUAAUUGUAGAGAGCUGAAGGGAGUAAAGAGUUGAACAGUGGAUCACAGCAGGAGCAGGCUUAUCUUAAUCCAUAACUACAUAUCUCACUUUGCAAGCUCACCUGCAGUAUUUCACUCUUCAUAUCUCCAUGAGCCAGACAGCUGAACAGCUGCAUCAGCGUGUCAUUCUCAUUUCAACCACCGUGCUCUUUCUUCUUCUUCUUCUUCUUCUUUUUUUAAUCACUCCUGCAGCUGCGUGCCAGAGCAGGAGAGGUGGUUUCAUAAAGGUUUUAACCAUUGCAGCUUCCUCCAGUGGAGGAGGGGUUUACACACAGGAACACGUCACAGAUUUAUCUUUGUUGUGGACAUGGUAGCGAGAGGCGGCCGGCGACUGAUUUCAUGUCUGAGCGAGUGACUGUGUGGUGAAGAUGUGAAUGUUUUUGGGUUAUUUUUUCUUGUUUGUUUUUGUUUCCGUUUUGCUCGUGAGACAGAGGGAGGGUAACGAUUGUUCUGACUUUCGAAGGGUGGGGGUUUGAAGUUAACUGACAUGUCCAGGCUUCCACACUGAGCUGAUCCAAAUGUAGAAAAUAAAGGCGAAAAAGUUUACAGAACAAAACGAGGA